AUGCGUUUUGCUGUUUCUACUGCUGUAGUUGUUGCCAGUGCUGUUGCUGUGGCCACUGCCACUGAGGAUGCUUGCUCACAGAUGUGCUCGGAGGUCGAUGGAUGCCGCGGGUCCAAGUAUGGUUCAUACUGCAAGGGUUGGAUGACACCUUCUAUUUGCUUCGGUCUCGUCAGAAGAACUGACGGCUCCUAUUGCUUCCAGCCUGGUGAUGUUAGCUGCGUCGGCGAGGCCGUACCCUGUUCCAUGGGUCAUGUGACCACCGCUGAGCCCACUGAAUCUCCUCUCACCACAGCGGUUCCCGCAACCAA